GUAAUAUUCAGCAAUUACAGUAUUAAAAAGAAAGAGUUCCUACAGCUCCUGAGCUAGUGCUUGACUACGUUGCAGUUGAUUAUGUUGUGGCUAAUUCUUGUUUUUCUCUAAACUAACAGUAUUCAGAAGGUAUAGUUUAAAGGUAGGAGUAAAAGGGAAUGAAGUUUUUUUCAGAUUCUGGAGGGGAUAUUUAAUUUGGGUGUUAGCUGCAGAAUAAAAUUAAACUUGGUUAUAUCAUUUUCUUCAUACUGUCCUUGUAGUCUCUUUUUGUUCUUUCUAUCCCAGUGAAAUGUUGGAAAGAAAGGAUGUAAAAGGGCCCAGGACUCUUUCUUCUGCCCAUCUGUCUGUCCAUCAGCAGGAUAACUUUCCAAAACCAGAACAGAACAAGAUCAAAUAUUAUGUGGGUGAGAAGCCAACAAAAGGAAGUUGGGCCAGAUUUGGCCAGGAAUUGCAGAGGAAAAUAAAGCAACCCCCCCCCCGCCCCCAAUCUAUCUAAUGCAUCUCUAUAGGAGAGGCAGCUGGGCAGAGUCUUGGAAUGUUACUGACUGUUGCAUUCUAAGCCCCCUUCCUUAUUACAUGAUCCAAAGCAGAGUAUAUGUAGCCCACAUUGUACUUCUCUAUGCAGACAUGCAAAUAGACACAGUUGCAGUUUGAGGGGAAAGGAGAAACACAGAGAUACAACAAAUACACACUUACCCAGAUUUUACACACUGAGGCAACAUGUAUGCAUACACCCUGUUCACCGUAAUAGCAAUUACUUUCUCUUGUGAACUUUGCCAUUUGUACAGGGUAAGUUAGUCUUUAGACUGAAGGACGUUUUGAACUAACUUCAGGAAAGACUUAGUGGGUUAGUGAACUUUUGCAUUAGAGUGUAUGUCUAAUAAGGAAGCUUUAAAAUUGGGAUUUAUAUGGCAUUACUAGUAAUGGUUACAGUUUGAAAAAAUCUAAAUCUGUAUUUGAUGUAAUGAGGAAAAUACUGCUAGGUUAGGCAAAAGAUAAAGAAAUAACGAGUUCAGACCUUUCUUCAGGCUGAUUACUUUUAGUUUUUUAAUGUGUAGGGAUGCACUAACUAUUGGGAAAAAAUAAAAAAGUUAUUAAUUUAAAUUUAAUAACAACAUAUUUAUGCCACAAGGCAAUGAAUCCAAGAAUUAAAACAACUUAUAAUCACAUAAAUAAAUACAAGUUAUUCUUUUGUCUUGCUGCAAAUACAUGUACGUCUUUUUUUCUCCUUAAACAAAUAUGUGUUUAUGCAUGUACUUUCUACAUGUAAAUGUGGGGGAAAGAUCCUGGGCUUCUUCAGUGAUGAGUGGAUUCUUAACCUGUGGAGAAGGAGCCCAAACUGGUUGUAACAUCCACAUUUGGAAUAGAACCUGGAAGAAAAGUGGAAUAUGUGCCACUUCUAGAAAAAGCAUUGGAGAUGAUCAAUCACCAACCAAAGAGAGUUCUGAUUUAUAGGCGACCUAAUAUGGAAGCUGUUCCUCUUAAACCAGGACUUGAUUUGGACUGGGAUGAAGAAGUGGCCAAAGCAAAGCCAUGUGACUGUAUUCCUGUUCUUUCAGACCAUCCGCUUUAUAUUCUUUAUACCUCAGGAACUACUGGUACACCCAAGGGUAUUGUCAGAUCAACAGGUGGCUAUGCAGUUAUGCUAAACUGGACCAUGUCAGCUAUAUAUGGACUUAAGUCUAAAGAGGUCUGGUGGGCUGCAUCUGAUUUAGGCUGGGUGGUUGGUCAUUCUUACAUUUGCUAUGGACCUCUUCUGCAUGGGAAUACAACAGUUUUAUAUGAGGGAAAACCUGUAGGGACUCCAGAUGCAGGUGCUUUUUUCCGUGUGCUGGCAGAACAUGGAGUAGCUGCCCUUUUUACUGCACCAACGGCAAUUAGAGCAAUCCGUCAACAGGACCCUGAGGCUGUCCUGGGGAAACAGUACAGUCUGACAAGGUUCCGAACAUUAUUUGUAGCUGGUGAGCGCUGUGAUGUGGAUACAUUAGAAUGGUGCAAAAAAAUUUUCAAGGUACCAGUUUUGGAUCAUUGGUGGCAAACUGAAACAGGCUCUCCGAUAACAGCUUCCUGCAUUGGCUUAGGAAACUCUUUAAUGCCUCCUCCAGGACAGACAGGAAAAUUGGUACCAGGAUACAAUGUUGUGAUUCUGGAUGACAACAAGCAACCUGUAAAAGUGAGGACACUAGGAAACAUUGUGGUGAAGUUGCCUUUACCACCAGGAGCCUUUUUGGGUCUUUGGGAAAAUGAAGAGCUUUAUAAAGAAUUAUAUUUCCAAAAAUUUCCGGGGUAUUAUGAUACUAUGGAUGCAGGGUAUAUGGAUGAAGAAGGCUAUCUAUAUGUCAUGUCUCGUGUGGAUGAUGUGAUAAAUGUUGCAGGCCACAGAAUUUCAGCAGGUGCAAUUGAAGAGGCUGUUCUCUCCCAUAAGGCUGUGGCAGACUGUGCAGUUGUUGGCCAAGAGGAUUCAUUAAAGGGCCAUGUUCCUCUAGCAUUGUGUGUCCUAAGAAAUGGAGUUGAUACUGAAGAGGAAAAGCUUUUAGAAGAAAUUGUUAAACGAGUUAGAGAAGAUAUUGGUCCUGUGGCAGCAUUUCGGAAAGCAGUAUUUGUGAAACAGAUACCAAAAACACGUUCUGGCAAGAUACCACGAUCAGCUCUUUCUUCCCUCGUGAAUGGGAAGCCAUACAAGAUAAGCCCAACUAUUGAGGAUCCUGCUGUGUUUAAACAUGUAGAAGAAGUGCUAAAGACAUUAAAGUAACAUUUAACAACCACUAAAAUGUAAGAAAGACCUGUAAUACUUACUGCAGUUUAUUAUGCCAGAAAUAUAAUUUUUAAAAUAUUGAUUUUAUUCCUGUAAAUGUGUUACUGAAUCUUAGAUCACAGUAACAAAUAAUAUUGAGCUGGCAGUGUAAAUUUUAUAAUGACUUACUCAGAUGGUUUAAAAUCUUUAUGGUAAUUAAAAUUGUAUAAGCAAAUAUUUAUAAUAUACAUAUCGGUCUUAAAUACAGUGCAAAAGAUGACAUAAUAUAAAUUCUGUUAAAAUUAAGUUUGUUUCCAUCCAGGACAAGAAUUAAUCUUAGCCCUUAAUGCUUAUUUUGUCUGAAACAGCCAUGCUUGCAUUGAAGCUUUUUAAGUAACUCAACUUUCAUGGCUAAAAUUUGUUGUAGUUUUAAGAAGACAUGCAGAUUUAAAGUGUGAGUACUGUAAUAAGGUAAAGAAAAGGAUUGCUAAGGCAGUUAAUGAUUGAGGUAUUUGCAAGAUCCUGUAAUUUGGGCCUACCAGUGGCUGCUGAAUUAACUGAGGCUGUUAAACACCUCAGCCGUGUAAAGUUUUCAUUUGCAGCUAGACAGGAAACAGUGAAUGCAAAUGUUUUUAGGCUAUGGAAAAGCUCAGAAGAAGCUCUUGAGGGCUGCAUGGGUAGAGAGAGCUUUUUCCACAAAGGUCAUAGCCACUGGCUAACCCAUAAUCCUUACUGACAAAUUGUAUUCCUAUCUCCCAUUGUCUUUUUCCAUUACUACACAUAACUUUCUUGUAAGGUUCUAUUUUCAUGGGCAACUGAGUUAUCUGGCAGAGAAGCUGAGAACAGGAAGAAUUGGGCUGCUCGAGUAUGUUCUGCUUGAGUGCUGAAGCAGCCCAACUGAUUUUAAAAAAUGGAUUGUGUUGUCUUGCUUAUGACUCUACCUCAUAGAAUCCUUUAAGAAACAGAACAGGGUUUGUGCAUCAGCCCUUCAAGUUAGUCCAGACCAGGAAACCAAAACCAAGAAUACUAAUACUACCUUUAUUGUAUACCAACAGAAUCUUGCAAGUCUGAAAGUGCUCCCCAACUUUAUGUUCCAGAGAACUAGGGAGGGUCAAUUUUGAGAUGCUUUCUUCAUCACCCAUUCCUGCUUUGGACUCAAAUUUCUCUUAUCAGACCACUGUCUAGGCUGUGGCUCUUCCUCCCUUCUCUCAAGGUUAUUCUCAUAGCCCAUUACAGUGUCUUUGGCUGUGUAGUAUGCCAUAAGCUAUGAAUAGAAGUUUAAGGAAGAAAAUAAAUCUCAGAUUCAGAAUGACCAGAUACUCAUAGUAAAUAAUAAUUUGUAGCCACAUACAAUUUUCAGUUAGAAAGCAAACAAAAAAGGACAAUAAAUCUCAGAAAUAUUGCCCCCUAGUGCUAAAAAAUUAAGAAACACAUGGUCUCUAAAAUUGUAAAAAAAUCCAAAUUAUUUUAAACGCUGUUUAUAAACAGACAUGUUUGGCUUUAACCACUUGGUUCUCAUGGGGAAUAAUCUUUUGACCAUCCUUCAUUCACAGUGUUGUUUGUUAUCUACAGUGUGAUAAUUUAAUUAUCACUAUAAUGAAAUUAGGUAAGGCUCUUUUCAUAUUAUGGGGGUGGGGGAGUAUUUAUCAUUGAGGUGUUCUGUUGCUAUAAUACCUGAAAGCAUUUCUUGCAUCUACCUACACACAUGUGCAUAGCCUGAAAUGUGAAAGGAGAGGAAACAUCACCAAAGGGUUUUUUUGUGGGGUGGGUGGGUAUCAAGCACCAUAUUCUGUUAGGAGUAAUCUGAUGGGGCCUUCCAUGUAGUGAUGGUAUUUGGAGGGGAUUUCUUUCAUUCUGACACCCUCUUUUGUUUUUCUUAGAAAGCUGCUAGAAAACAGAUAGAUUACAUUCAAUUGUCUAAACUAUUUGCUUGCAAAGAAUUUUGAAAUCAGGGGAAGAGCUGUGCUAUUAAGAUGAGGGUACAUGUUGUUCAACCUGCUUGCAUGUAAGUCAGUAAAAAAUGUUUCAUUAAAAAUAAA